CUAUCUGUCAGGGAAGUUUAUAUUUUCCAUUGUACCUUUAAACCAACUUUCUAUUCAGAAAAAGUGGAAUAAAUCGACUUUUCUGAGUUAUAAUAUGCAGAAUUGAUUAAUAACUUUUUUCAUAACGAAAUGGAGUGUCCUGCUACUUAUCUGUAGAUUAAAAAUAAUUAAAAUGUUGGAUUCUUCUCCAGAAGAUGAGGACUUUCCAGGUCGACUCCUACACCAGGCUGCUCUGUGGGAUAACACUGAAUUGUUGGAGGACCUCCUGGCUGGGGGUCAACAGGAUUUCAUAAAUUCCCAAGACAGCUGGGGCCGAACACCACUCCAUGCAGCGGCUAUAUCAGAAAAAUCCAAAUGCAUGGAGAUUUUGUUAAUUUCUGGUGCUGAUCCGAACAUACAAUGUGGACCAAGAGGAGAAAGAAAGGGGCCGCUUCAUUUAGCUGCCGAACAUGGCCACUGCCACAAUCUGUCUAUUUUGUUACAACAUGGUGCAAAUUUGUUAUUGAGAGACCUGAACGGAAUGACUCCUUCUGACUUAGCAGACAAGUGCGGGCACUCAAAAUGUGUGCAUAUUCUCCGGGAAGCUGCUGAUGCGAAAGAGAGAGCGAGACUGGAUAUACACGCCGCGUUGAGGGACGCAUGUAGUCAAGGCGAUGCCAGUUCUGUUCAGCAGCUGCUGUUGUCGUUGCAGAAAGAUGCGGAACUCAUCGUCAACAUGGCACCGAGCGGUGCUAACACUCUGUUAUUCACAGCAUGUCAAGUAGGGAAGAGGGAGAUAGUGAAGAUCUUAUUGGAGCAUGGCGCAGAUGGAAGGUGUCAUCCUGUAACGAAGUACUCACCUUUGUAUAUUGCUUGCUAUAACGGCCAUCGUGAUAUUGUUGAAUUGCUUCUGCUCAGAUUUCCGGAAUUAGUCCAGCUUCACACCGUGGAACGUUGGUUACCGAUACAUGCCUGUUGUAUCAAUGGACAUGUCUCAGUUUUAGAACUUCUGUUCCAUUUUCCCUAUCCGUCUCAAGUCAUGAGGAAGUAUCGUGAUAAUUCGGAGGAGUGGGAGUAUUUUAUGCCGUUUGACAUUAACGAAAGGGACGCUACUGGACAAAACAUACUGUAUGUUGCCGCGUUAUUGGGUAACAAAAAAUUGAUUGACGUAAUUCUGAAAUUUCGAGUGAAAGCAACUAGGAUUUCUCAGUUGGAUGACGAUGACAUAACCCCAAGUUCUGAAAACAACUCGCUAUUGAGUCCGACGCGUAGGAGAAUAUCUGACGGAAUCAUAUCCAUAAUGUCGAAACUGAGCUUCUCCAGAGAAAAUUCUGUAGAAAUGAAUUUCGCUAACGAUCCAAACACCAGAAUGAUAUGCCCUCUGAGGAUAGAUAUGUAUUGCAAUAACAAUACGGAGACGGCCCUACACGCCGCCGUCAAAGGAAAGCAUUACGACAUAACUUUUGCUCUGUUGAAAGCAGGAGCUAGUGCAAAUUCCGUAAUCAAAGCCCAUCACGACAUUAAUGAGAGUUUGUGCUGUUCCAUUGAAGACGAUUCAAAUUAUGGACAAUCCACUGGAUUGGUAGAAGCGUGCCGAAAUAGAGACGUUCCUAUCGUCGACUUGUUACUGAAAAGUGGUGCCAGAGAUGAUGAUUGUAAAGCGUUAUCAGUCGUCGUGGAAAACAAUGAUGAGACACUCACUGCCAAAUUGUUAUCGACAAAGGCUCAUCCAGAUCCAGAAUUCAAAAUAAAUAAGAAAGCAAUGACGGAAAACGUGAAUCCCUCUCAAUUCACGAUAUUCUCCAACGUCACCAACCUGACGUAUUCGGCUCUCUUUCCCAAUACACCAACCAUGAUAAACUGGCACAACCAGAAAUGCAACCUCAAGCAAAUCAAAACCCAGUGGCUGACAGACGCGUCUUUACAUCUGAACCCGAAACUGAAGCAAAAUCCGAGAAACUACGACAUUGCUCUGUACGCCAUCACAAGACUAGACAUAUCAAAUAACAGCUUGACAUCGAUACCGCUUGCUGUCUUCCAACUGUACAGUUUGAGACACUUGAACAUGGCUCAGAACAGAAUCGAAAAACUCCCCGUUCCCAUCCCCACUCCCGUUAAAAAAGGAUUCAGGCGGAAAAGCAACAAUCACGACGAUCAGAAGUAUUGCUGCCCCGUCCUAGAGGAACUGUACCUCCAGGAUAAUAGACUGGACAACAUUCCCGAUGCUAUUUUCAAGCUGCCAUCCCUGGUCAUCCUAGUCGUCUCCAACAAUAAACUACAACAGCUGCCGUAUAAUGUUUGGCUUGCCCCGAAGCUGAAGGAACUGAACGCUUCCUUCAACUUGAUCAAGGAGCUUCUGACAGGACCUCCGGAUAGUAAAGAGGAUACGGAUAGGAUGAGCGUCAGUUCCAGCGACAGUCAGUUGUCCAGCCAUGCCGAACUCGAUUCAGAUUCCGAGCUGGGAGGGUUUGAACUAGUGUCAAACCUAAGUGCCUUGGAGGAGGGAGUACAAGCAGUGCGUUUUCGCAAGAAGGACCGUUCCUACAUUCAGCUGGAUCUGAACAAACACCAUAUUUGGAACAAGAGCGUCGAAGUAACCGAACAAAUCCUCCACAGUGACGACAACCUGACUGAGCAUUCGUCCCAGCUGUCGUCUCUCAACUUGGCCCACAACCUUUUUACCAGCAUUCCCGUCGUUCUUCCUUGUCUGGCCGUCAAUUUGACCAGGCUGAACAUGUCUUUCAACUCGCUGCGCUCCAUGUCGCACAUUACGAGUUACCCGAGUUCGCUGAAGCAGCUCGAUCUGAGCCACAAUCAGAUAACGGUGUGGCCGAGCUUGCCUCAAGUCGAGGCCCAGGAUAAUAUGGAGCUGGCGAAUCUGGCCUGUUACAUGAACGGGGGUAAUUUCAGAGGGAAAACGCCGGAUAUCGUAGCAAGAAGACAAUCUGGUAGGUCGGUGCGACACAUAGUUCUCCAUUCAGUGUGUUCGCACAGGAGACAUUUGAAGUUAGAUAAUUUGCGAACGUUGGUUCUGGCCGAUAAUCGGUUGACAAGAAUUCAGCUAGCCACUGAUGACGAUGGAGAUAUCAGCAGUACGGAUGACGAAGAAUUGGAAAGGGGUUCUCACACUGGAAAAUCCAGAUUGAUGUUUCCUAAUUUAUCAAUGUUAGAUAUAAGCAAUAACAAUCUGAAGGAAAUACCGCCAAAUAUUAACGAACUCAACAAUUUGUCUGUACUGAAUAUUAGUGGAAAUUUGGAUAUCAGCGAACUCCCACCUCAGAUGGGCCUGCUAUCUCGUUUGUGGAAUCUGAACACCAGAGGGACGACCUUGCAGGAACCCCUCAAAUCUAUGAUAGACAGCAAAAAGUACAAAACAAUGGACAUCAUCGGGUAUUUGAAAUCCGUGCUUGAAGAUGCCAAACCUUAUGCCAGAAUGAAACUAAUGAUCGUAGGCGUCCAGGGAAUUGGGAAAACUAGUCUGUUGGAACAAUUGAGGCAGGAAGGCGCUACGCGUAGGCGACCGGAGCAUUGGGCGAAGAGAAUGGGAAACAAGAACAUUAAUGCGAAAACUUCGCGAGGUUCAAACAUGUCAACAGUUGGAGUUGACAUUGGAGAUUGGGUGUACGAGAAAAAAGUGAGGUCACAAUCCUCUCACGGUCCGGUUGUCUUCAGAACGUGGGACUUUGGUGGACAGAAAGAGUAUUACGCAACCCAUCAGUAUUUCCUAUCGAAGCGCAGCCUCUACCUGGUCGUGUGGCGCAUAACAGACGGUCAUAGAGGCAUCAACGAAAUACUCCAGUGGCUUGUCAACAUUCAAGCCCGCGCUGCCAAUUCCCCGGUGAUCAUAGUCGGCACCCACUACGACGUCGUCCAAGAGUUCAGCCCGAACAUCUCCGAAGAGUACCAGAGAAUAAUCCGCGACAGAUUCAUAAACAUCGUCGACGCUGAAAAAUGCGGGCUGCCGCGCGUCUUGGACACGAUCGAAAUCAGCUGCAAGACGAGGCACAACGUCAAACUGCUGUGCAACUUGAUUUACGACACGGUGUUCAGUUUGCGACCGCCGGGUAGCAAGGAACUGUUGCUGGAACAAAAGGUACCGGCGACUUAUUUGGCCUUGGAAGACGUUAUCAAUUACGUCGCUUGCGAGAGGAAGUCGAACGGUUUGGAUCCCGUUUUGAACGCGGAGCAGUACAAGAAUCUGGUUACGACUGAAAUGUUACAGAGGUACAACAAAACUUUCAGGGACUGGUCGGAGUUGCAUCAGGCCACUUUGUUUCUGCACGAUAAUGGCGUUUUGUUACAUUAUGAUGAUGCAACCCUAAAAGAUCUCUACUUCCUUGACCCACAAUGGCUGUGCGAUAUGCUUGCGCAUGUGGUAACUAUAAGAGAAAUCAACCCUUUCGCGAGGACGGGUGUUAUGAAGCUGGAUGAUCUGAAACACAUAUUCAAGGCCAGUAACAUCGGGCCUAUGGAUACGAGAGGUUAUAUCGUGAACCUACUCAACAAAUUCGAAGUUGCUUUAUCCUGGGAUUCAAGAACAUUGCUUAUACCCUCUCUGUUGCCCUCCGAAGAGGAUAUCCUUAUGGCGCAGAUAUAUCCGGGGCAGUUCCAUCCCAUGGUGAAGGUUAAAGUACCCUUGAGGUCAAGAGGUUGGGCAAUUAGAAGUAAAAAGAUUGCCGUGUCGCCAAAAUCUGUUUUGUUCAGGGAUUCGAGCGUGCCGAGAAAUUUCGAACUGACAAUGCCUAAUAGUAUGGCCUCCCCUGCAAAAAUUGUUCAACCUCCGGAUAAAGUGCAAUACCAGAUAAAAUUUCAGUCAUCGGACAAGUCCAUGACUCGUCUGCUACUCAUGUCCUAUUUUCCGUCCGGAUUUUGGUCUCGGUUGAUUUCACGAAUCCUAGCCGAUGAUACCAUCAUCGAUAUUAUCAGGUCUUUUUUUAUUUUGCCCAAGGAAGUCGCUCAAGAUGUGCAUUUGGCUAAAGUUCUAGAUCUUAAGGCCGAGUGGGUUCUGUGGCAGACCGGCCUCCAACUCAAAUAUGGUGACAUAACUCUGUUUAGGAUGAAAGAAGUGCUGCAUAAUUCAGCGGCUUUUUAUAGGCAGUUGAAGUUUCGAAUAAAACAGGAAGGGCUGUGGUGCGAUGUCGAUCUCCAAAACACGUCGAUAUUAGAAAUACAGUUUCCUGUGGAAUCUUUGGUUGUGAAACCAGUGACAACUGAAAACUGUGAUAUGCGGGAUUACAAAGUUAAAGAUGUGUUAGUAAUAGAACCUUCUCAGGAAUGUACGGCCCAACUUCUAGCUCUCACUGUCGACCACAUCGACAUUCUUCUCGAGGAUUGGUACCCAACUCUUGGUACAAGAUUCGUCCACACUUCAGAAGGAAAGUUUCUCAUUACCCGUCUCAUCCCUUGUCCCCAGUGUCUCAACUAUUCUCAUGAUAGUGAGUUGAGCGUGAAUGAUUUUCCGCCUACGAAUACACAGUUAUUGGAUGUCAUGAACCAGGAACAGGAACAAGCAGCAGGUUAUCAGGAUUUAUACAGAACGAGGAAAUCUCAAGAGUCCAACACUUCCGAAUGCGAUAGUGGAGUAGGGCCUGACUCUACCGGAUCCAGCAGAAUUCCUUCUGUGGAAGGCCACCCUGGAAUACAAAGCGAAGAAGAAAAGCCCAUUUACUAUUCUUGGAUGGUAGAGGAGUGUAUACUGGAGGCAUACAAUUGUAAAAAAGUUGUAUGUCCGACUCACGGGGAUUGUCUUUUAUCCCGAAUAGCGCCCGACACGAUUUUCAUGGACUUAGGGGAGCGUUAUAUAAUUCGGUCCGAAAAUAUAAAGAAAGGACGUCUCUUGGGACGCGGGGCCUUUGGAUUCGUCUUCAAAGGCACUUGCAAAAUUCGCGGCUCAAAUACAACAAUCGACGUCGCCAUGAAGAUGUUGCAACCCGUUCAACCUGGUCCAAAUGCCCGUCAGUCGGCAGUGAUAGCAUUCAAGGCUGCUCAAGGAAAGUGGGAUAGAGACCCUUUGCAAUAUGCGUGCAAAGCGUAUUGUACAGCAAGGCAAGAGUUGAAUAUUUUACUGGCACUAAAACAUCCCAACAUAGUUCCUUUUGUCGGGGUCUGCACCACUCCGCUAGCGUUGGUGCUGGAUUUGGCCCCUCAAGGCGCCCUCGACUUGGUUUUGAGGCACUACAGGAGGUCUGGUGCUAAAGUCGGACCGUAUACCCUCCAGGCGAUCAUAUUACAGGUUGCCAAAGCGAUUGAAUAUCUACAUCGACAACACAUAAUCUACAGGGAUCUGAAGUCAGAGAAUGUUCUCGUGUGGGAAAUGCCUCCACCUUUCGUAGAUCAUCCUGAGCAUCCUGUUCAUAUCAAAGUUGCGGAUUAUGGUAUAAGUCGUUUGACUCUGCCAUCUGGCACCAAAGGAUUUGGAGGAACAGAAGGAUUCAUGGCUCCUGAAAUCAUGAGGUAUAACGGAGAAGAAGAGUAUACGGAAAAAGUGGACUGUUUCUCCUUUGGGAUGUUCAUUUAUGAAUUAUUGACGCUGCAUCAACCGUUUGAAGGUCAUGAAUCGGUGAAAGAAUGUAUCCUGGAGGGUGGAAGGCCUCCUCUCACGUACAGAGAAACUCUUUAUCCGAGCUACUUCUUGGAUUUGAUGGUCCUGUGCUGGUCUCAACAACCCAAAGACAGGCCUUCCGCAAGCCAAAUCGUUUCUAUAGCGAGUGCUCCAGAAUUCACACAUUUAAGUGAUGUUGUUUCCUUAAAACACCAAUCGCCAGUAGUGUCAUCUACCAGUGCUGCACUUACUCAUAUAACAGAUGAUGGUUUGUCCGGUUCUGAAAUGUGGUUGAUAUGCGCGAACUCAAAAAUGGAUUUGCUUUUAGCCGCGGAACGUGGUUGGCUCCAAUAUCAUACCAUGACUUUACCGAUAAGAGCGACCACCGCUUGUACGGUCGGAGAUUCUAUAUGGAUAGGAGAUUAUGCCGGAAAGAUACAUGCCUAUUCGGCGACCGACGGACGAAAAAUAUUUUUCUACUCCCUAGAAAACGAACCAAACACCCAAGUCGAGGCGUUGCUCUAUUUGCCGUCGCUGAAAAGAGUAGCUUGUGCUUUGUCGAACGGACGUCUCUUUUUGGUAAAUUCCGAAUCGAAACCGCUGACUCCUACCGCUGCCGAGGGGACAUUCGUAAUGACGGAACUGGGAUCAAAUUCAGUCAUCAAUUGUAUGUGUGCCGUGUUCAAUCGUGAAAACGAUUCUUGCGAGCUGUGGUGUGGAGAGUCAGCCGGCCAAAUCUCCAUCUACGUGAUAAAGGACCAAGUUGUGGCCGGACACGAAGUCCUCAACCAUUACCAGCCCGUCAUCGAGAAAGUCGAUGUGAUGAACAUAAUAUCUGUCGAUAGGCACGUUUGGUCGUAUGUAAGGCCCGGUUGUAUUGUCUACCAGUGGGACGCGGUCGCCAAGAACAUCGUCAACAAGCUGGACUGUUCGAAGCUCGUACCAUGUUCGGAAAGUUUGAAGUCCAUCGCCAUCGAGGAGCAUUUGAGUCCCACAAACUGUCAGGUCACCAGUUUGGUGUCUCUCAACGAAGAACUGUACAUCGGCACGACCUGGGGCUGCGUCAUAAUAGCGGAGAGAUUCACUUUACGGCCCAUCACCAUAUUCCGACCCUACGAGGAAGAAGUCAGGGCUAUCGUUCCUUUGCCAACGGGAAAAAGCGCGAACAGUAGCCAAGACAGCACUCCUCUCAUAGCGACCAUCGGAAGGGGAUAUCGCAAUCUCCUAUCGAGGUAUACAGACGUACCUGUCAUAGCUGGUACUCCGCUACCGAGUCCUAUGAUCGGAUCGGCGUCUUCAUGUGCCGGAAAACCGAAUAUGUUCGUUUUGUUGUGGAGGGCGGAGCACUGGGGUGCAGUUUGAAAUGUUUCCGAGUUAUUUUUUUGUGUUGCUUCAUAGUAAGGUAAUAUGUUUCACCUGAUGAUUCACAAAGAUUGCCGCAUACUUGGAGAUCAUUACUGUCCCGCCACCUGUCCAGGUGGCGGGAAUACAAGUACCUGAGGAUCCUCAGUCUCUUAUUGGAGGUAGAGACCCUUACGAAGACCAGUGACGAGACCUGUGGAGCCGGUAAGUUGAGACCCCAGCGUCAAGUCACAAAACCUAAAGUGUGUCUCUAUUCGAGGAGUAAGUCUUGAUAAAAAAAGUGCUAGCUGUACUAUGAAAACUUUGUUUAAAAAAUGGUGAAACUUCACCAAUAUACAGUUGAAAACUUGAAUGAGAUGAAUGUACAAUGAAAUAUUACUUUGAUUAAUAUUUAUUCAGCAAGCGAUACUGAAGAAUUGAUGCUAUUUUCAGCUAGAAUUUUUUUCGAAAAAAUGAUGAACAAAUCAAAAACAAAAGAUCUCCGUUAUAACAUAUUGUAGCAUUUAAGUAAUUUUGCCUCAUUUAGUAAAGUUGAAGAUUUUUUUUAUAUUUAUAUAAGACAUCAGUAUUUUAAGGCUGUACAUAAUUUGAAGAACAAAUUGGCAUUAUUUAAGUAAAUAAAAUUUGGCCUGAAUAUUUAGGCGUUUUCCAAAAUGUAUUUUCUAAUAGAAUUUUGUUUUGAAUUGAACAUGAUGGCAAAGAAGUAUUUUCCAACGAAACUUAUUUUCUGAUUUGGAAAAUUUUACGUAAUUAAAAUUUACAGAUUAUAUUAACUGAAGAUAUCUUCCACCUCUUUUAUAUAUUCACUAAUUUCUAAAUGAUUCUCUUUGAAGGUAUAACCACUUUAACAAAAUACUAUAGUAAUUCAAUCUUUCUACUCUUGAGAUAUUGUUUUUUUUUUUUAAUUUUUACAACUAGUUUUGUAGUAUUUGUUUUACUAUGUAUUAUAUUUUUAGACUGUUAUUAAUAGACUGUGAUGAUAGUUCUUGUCAUUUAUACUUUAUUGUUUUUAAAUGUAUUUUAAGUCGUGAAACAAAUAAAAUGUUGGUUGUGUUUUA